AUGGACGACUUCGACAUCGAGAUGGGGGACGUCGAGACGUUCCCGACUAGUGCCUACGAUGCAGACGAUAUCCUUCAGGUCGACGAUGAUAUCCUCUCCGCCGACGAUGCACAGGAACCUGGAGAGGUAGACGAGUCGCCGAAUGCGGCUACCCAGGGGGCAGAUGACAACACAGUGAUCCCGACCAAGGUACACCUACGCGGGUUGGAUACUAUGUCUCCAGAAGACAUCAAGUCUUACUUUAAUCAACACGCCGGUGGCAUGCGAUACGACCGCGUGGAAUGGAUCGAUGACACGUCAGCAAACCUCCUCUUCAGCUCAGAGUCGGCUGCGGCAGAAGCGCUGGUUUUUUUGUCUGCCAUAGAAAUCACAAACCCUUCAGCACUGCCACCGCGCGAGCUGCUGUCUGCCAAGCCGUACACCGCCAAGCCCGACGUGGUAUUGCAGGUGCGCUUCGCGGUGGCAUCGGAUCGCAAAGUGGCAGGUGCUGCGGCGCGAAGUCGGUUCUACCUCCUGAACCCGGAGUACGAACGGCCCGAGCGCAACCAGCGCAGGGGCGGACAUCGGGGAGGGAACAGGUACCGCGAUCGUGACGACUACGACCGGCGCUACUACCAUCGGAACGGCGGCGGCAGGCAUGAUGAGCGAUACGAGUACGAUGACGAGGACGCGGCGCCGUUCGACGUCAACCUGUACGACGACGACGAAUCCUCUUUGGCGAAGCGCAAGCCGAGGGCGAGAAGAUCACGCUCGCGGUCACGCUCGAGGCCGCGAUCGGGCGGUUCGGGAUCGGACGGCAGCAGGCGGCCUGACAACAGCGGCAAGGAGCUUUUCCCGGACCUCGGCAAAAAGAAGGAGCGGCGCGGCGGUGUACGGAAUCGUUCGGCCUCGCCCGCGCGUAGCGAUCGCGAUGGCGACGUCAGCAUGGACGGCGAACGCACAAGGUCCUCGGCGGUCCGGAACCGGGACAAAGCUCACCAGAUAAAGGAGCUCUUCCCCAACAAGCUUACCUCAGGUGGCAAGGUGGCGCAGAUGGACCAGGUCGAUAAGGUCGACAGUGUCAGCAAGCGCCUCAGCGAUCGAAUUACGACACGACCUCAACCAGUGACAGGCGGUACAACAGGGAGCGGCGAUACGCUCAACAUUCGCGGCAUUUCGAGAUCACAGGGCGGCGAUGCUGGGACGGGGAUAUCCAUAAAAGGUCGGGCUACGGCUAAGGAGCUGUUUCCCGAAAAGUUGGGCAAUGCUGGAAAGGAGCUGUUUGCAGACAAACUAGAAGGCCGAGGUCGUCCCAGAAGAAAGGCAGAGGACUCGUUUUAUUGA